AACCUUUCUCUUGAAGUUGCUCACUCUUCCCACAGCCAUAGGUGGUGUAAAGGAGGGUGCCUGGAGACUGUCCACACAGGGGUAACUGUAAGAAGCCCUUCAGCAUUUAUUCCUUUCCAUCUUAACAGUGUGUGCAAGGCUGCAAGCAGUGUUCAGUGUGCUCCCCUGCCCUCUCCAGGGGCACAAGCAGGAAUCACGGCUGCAGACAGCAAGGGAAGGAAGGGAUGCUGGCAGCACCAUGAGCUGCCUCCCUCCCUCCCUCACAUCAUGUAACACUGCUCACUCAGCAGUCACACACCCUCCACUUCUCCAGCAACACAAAUCUGGGGAAUCCCCCUGAUUUCACUAUCCAUGGCCAGCCUUGCUUGGAGCUAUUUUGCAUACAUGGUCCUGCACUAUAAAAUGCUUUUGCCUCCCGGGAGGGAUACAGAGCCUGAGAGGUGGAAGGCAAGAAACUUUGACAGAGAGGAGCCUCUCCUGGCAGGGCUGGGACACCUCUCACAAGAGCACGGUAAGAAGCACCAUGUCCAGGUGCUCAUUCUGUCAUUCAUUUACUGCAGCUCACAGGUAAAGUACUGCAAUGGCAAACUGUAUCUUUUCUCUGUAUUAAGAGCAAAGUGUGGGACUCAGUCUCCUGCUCUAGUUCCAAGCUGUCCAGCCACUCAGAAAACUUUGUCCCUCCUUUCUGCUGAUGUGAAGGUUUGUGCUGUCCCAGGUAACACUGUCUGCUCUCCACAGAGCCACUGGUGCAGGGCACAAAGCACCUGCUGCUCCGAGUGCCACUGAAGGGAAAGAAGUGUUCCCACAUCACAUAAAACAAGGUUUCAGCACAGUGAAGUAAAACCACAAGAAGAGCAUACAAAAUGCUGUGCCCCUGGCAGUUUGUGUUCAAAUCUCACGCUGCCAAGAGCCGCUACCCCAGAGAGAAGGACAUCAACAACAACGUGGAGACAAAUAGGAAGAUCCAUGGCUCAGGAAAGGAUGAUGCCAAAUUGCACAGCCCAAGCAAGAAGCAGAUGGAGAGGCCACCUACCAUAAGUUCAGCAAAGCCCAGUGAGGGAGGAGAGAAUCUCCCUUCAAAUCACAUCAAAGUUUCAAACCAAAUAUCAGGAUGUCCAAGACAUGUAAAAGUAAAAAACUUGGAAAAUGGAUCCAGCUUUCUUGACACUCUACACCUGACUGCAAAAGAGGUUAUCAAUUGCCAGUCCAAAGCCUGCCAAGGGUCAAUCAUGACCCCAAAGGGCCUGGUGAGAGGUACCAGAGAUGGGCCAGUUCCACAAGAAGAUCUUUUACCUCAGGCAAUAGACUUCCUCAAGCAGUACUACAGUUCAUUUAAAGAGCCAAAACCCAAAGAGCAGCUGAGCAGGCUGGAAGUAGUGACCAAGGAGAUAGAAAGCACAGGAAGCUACCAGCUGACCAGGGAUGAGCUGACCUUUGCUGCCAAGCAGGCCUGGAGGAACGCGCCCAGGUGCAUCGGGAGGAUCCAGUGGUCCAACCUGCAGGUGUUUGAUGCACGGGACUGUAAAACAGCCAAGGAAAUGUUUGAGCAUAUCUGUUGUCAUAUCCAGUAUGCCACAAACAAUGGUAAUAUAAGGUCGGCCAUCACGGUGUUCCCGCAGAGGACGGACGGGCAGCACGAUUUCCGCGUGUGGAACAGCCAGCUCAUCCGCUACGCUGGCUACCAGCUGCCAGAUGGCUCUGUGCUCGGGGACCCUGCCACUCUGGAGUUCACACAGUUGUGCAUUGAGCUUGGGUGGAAGCCGAAAUAUGGACGCUUUGAUGUACUUCCACUUGUUCUCCAAGCAAAUGGCCAAGACCCAGAAAUAUUUGAAUUACCUCCAGAAAUUGUCCUCCAAGUGCCAAUGGAGCAUCCAAAGUACGAGUGGUUUAAGGAGCUGGAGCUGCAGUGGUAUGCCCUGCCUGCCGUGGCCAGCAUGCUGCUGGAGGUGGGAGGGCUGGAGUUCACUGCCUGUCCCUUCAACGGCUGGUACAUGGGCACAGAGAUCGGCGUGCGGGACUUCUGCGACACCCAGCGCUACAACAUCCUGCAGGAGGUAGGGAGGAGAAUGGGACUGGAAACAAACAAACUGUCAUCAUUAUGGAAGGACCGAGCUGUUGUAGAGAUCAAUGUGGCUGUGCUUCAUAGCUUCCAGAAGCAGAAUGUGACCAUCAUGGAUCACCACUCGGCCGCCGAGUCCUUCCUGAAGCACAUGCAGGGCGAGUACCGCGCGCGGGGCGGCUGCCCCGCAGACUGGCUCUGGAUCGUGCCGCCCAUGUCAGGCAGCAUCACCCCCGUCUUCCACCAGGAGAUGCUCAACUAUGUCCUCACUCCCUUCUAUUACUACCAGGUGGAUGCGUGGAAGACACAUGUGUGGCAUGAUGAGACACGGAGGCCAAGGAAAAAACAAAUAAAGUUUAGCAUCUUGGCAAAGGCUGUGCUCUUUGCAUCCUCACUCAUGCGAGGAGCAGUGGCCACCAGGGCCAAGGUCACCGUGAUCUACGCGACCGAGACGGGCAAGUCAGAGACUCUCGCCCACGAGCUGUGCAGCCUGUUCAACUGUGCCUUCAGCACUCAGAUUCUGUGCAUGGAUGAGUACAACAUUUGUGACCUGGAAAAAGAAACACUUCUCUUAGUGGUUACUAGCACUUUUGGAAAUGGAGAUUCUCCAGGUAACGGAAAGACCUUGAAGGACUCCUUGCUCGGACUGAAACUGCUGAGAAAUAAAAUUAGAUAUGCAGUGUUUGGUCUGGGGUCCAGCAUGUACCCAGAGUUCUGUGCCUUUGCUCAUGCCAUUGACCAGAAGCUGGCCCAGCUCGGGGCUUCCCAGCUUGCUCCAGUGGGUGAAGGGGAUGAACUCAGUGGGCAGGAAGCAGCUUUCCACAGCUGGGCAGUCAGUGCUUUCAAGACUGCCUGUGACAUUUUUAAUGUCCGUGGGAGACACAGUAUUCAGUUGCCUGAGAUCUACACCUCUGAGGAGACCUGGGACCCUUCCAGUUACAGGCUAGUGCAUGACUCCCAGCCCAUGGACCUGGCUAAAGCUCUUGCAAGCAUUCAUGCCAAGAAUGUAAUUCCCAUGAAGCUGAAAUUCAGGCAGAAUCUUCAAAGUUUGAAGUCCAGCCGGGUUACCAUUCUGGUAAAACUUCACUGUGAGACUGAUCAGGAAGUGCACUACCUUCCUGGGGAGCACGUUGGGGUUUUCCCAGGCAACCAGCCAGAGUUAGUUCAUGGCAUUAUUGCACGUGUCAAGGAUGCCCCUCCAGCUGGUCAGACUGUCAGGCUUGAAACCUGCAUUGAUGGUGGACACUGGACAAGUCACAAGAAGAUUCCAGCCUGCACACUAUCUGAGGCUUUGACAUACUUGCUUGAUAUCACUACUCCACCCUCCCAACAGCUGCUGAAAAAACUCUCCCAGCUGGUGACAGCAGAAGGAGACAAGCAGAGGCUGGAGGUGUUGUGUCAGAGCACAGAAGAAUACAAUAAAUGGAAGUUUUACAACAGCCCAAACAUCCUAGAGGUGCUGAAGGAGUUCCCCUCUGCUGAGGUCUCCACAGCUUUCCUGCUGACUCAGCUGCCAUUUCUGAAGCCCAGGUAUUAUUCUGUCAGCUCCUCCUGUGACAUGACAGCCAGGGAGAUUCACCUGACAGUUGCAGUUGUAAACUACAGGACAAGAGAUGGAGAGGGGCCUUUGCACCACGGGGUCUGCAGCACGUGGCUGAACACAAUAAAGCUCAACGAGACCGUUCCCUGCUUCAUCCGCAGUGCUGAUGAGUUCCACCUCCCGGAGGAAGCAGCCACGCCCUGCAUUCUGAUCGGCGCGGGCACGGGCAUCGCUCCCUUCAGGAGCUUCUGGCUGCAGCGCCUCUACGACCUGGAGCACAGAGGGCUCAGAGCAGGGGACAUGACCUUGGUGUUUGGCUGCCGGCAGCCAGAGCUGGAUCACAUCUACAGAGAGGAAACUGAGGAGAUGAAGAGGAAGGGAGUCCUGAGAGACAUCUACACAGCUUACUCCAGACUGCCUGGACAAGAGAAAGUCUAUGUCCAGGACAUCCUGCAGAGGCAGCUGGAGGCCCGUGUGUGUGAGGUGCUGCAGGGCCAGCAGGGCCACGUGUUCGUGUGCGGGGACGUGCGCAUGGCGCGGGACGUGGCGCGGGCGCUGCGGGCGCUGCUGGCCCGGGGGCUGCGCCUCAGCCAGCAGCAGGCAGAGCAGUACCUGCAGCAGCUCAAGGUAGCUCUCAUCACAGCCACUCCUCCAUUCCCCUCAGCAGGCAGAGCAGUACCUGCAGCAGCUCAAGGUAGCUCUCAUCACAGCCACUCCUCCUUUCCCCUCAGCAGGCAGAGCAGUACCUGCAGCAGCUCAAGAGCCAAAAGCGAUACCAUGAAGAUAUAUUUGGGGCUGUGUUCCCAUAUGAAGUCAAAAGAUCUUUGCAACCCACCAGCUGAAGAACAAAUCCACUUGUGUUUUAGACAAUACUUGCACAUUUGUUGUUGUUUUCAAAAAACAAGGAGUCAAAUCCUUCUUCUUAUACUUGUUUUAUCAUACAUGUAUAUAGGAUUGUAGGAUUUGACUCAUAAACCUCAGCCUUAAUUAAGUAAAAUAUUAAAUAUAACUUUUAUUGCUAUUUAUUCUGACAUGCUUUUAAUACCUUAUCUUAAUAGUGAAAGUGCAAAUUAUUUUUAAUACUAUCUAUGCUAGUAUAAAUCUGGUGGUUUUUGUACAUACAAGGAAACUGUUUUGUACUAAGUUAACUAGAGCUGAAAUAUUUUUUUUCUUUUUUUUUAAUGUACUGUUUAUCUUUGUGACCUUAUUUAUAUCAGAUUGGUUUACUUGCAUAUUAUCCUCACUUGAAAGCAAGUGAAUGGAUGGUUGUGUUGCUGGGAGUUGUCUGGCCACGUGCCUGGAUCUGGAGCAAUGUUUGCAAAUGAGAUAAUAAUGUGCUGGUCCCAGGUGGCAACACCUGCUGCAUCCACCUCAGACGUGCUUAGCAGGUAGCAGUGGUGAAUUCUGCUUUGUGGGACUCAGGUACAUGAACCUCAGCUGGUGGUGGUGUUGUUACAGAGCCUAUAGCAGGAAGAUUCCAUAAAUUCCGAAGCACUUUUGGAUUCUGUGCUCUGGUUCACUUGAUUUGUUUGUAAUAAAAUCUGCCUUUAUACUGAGACAAAGUGUGUGGAUCAGUGAACCUCUUCUUGCCCUUGGCUCUGCAAAGGCAGAGGUUGUGGUGAGGUGGGUUUGGGCUCCAGCCAGCACUCCUGCCUGAGCUCAGGGCAGCUCCAGGAGCUGCAGCCUGUCUGGAUCAGUUUUGCAUUUUUGGUACUGCCAGGCAAGUGUGAGUUAGUGAGUUAGCUAGUGAGUGAGACUGGCUUGAAACUGCCCUUGUAUUUGCACUUGGGCUCUUUGUAGGCCUUGCAGUGACAUCACAACCACUUCCUUCUCUGAAAUUACCAGGGCUAUAUAAGCAUAUUAAAAAAGCUUAAGGUGAGAUUUUCCUGCCAUCCCUUGUCUCCAGGAGCUGAUGAAGGCAGAGUUGAGACUCAAAAGUCAGCAGUGCCAUGUGUGAGCAGUGUGUUUCAGGACAGCCUUGGCCUUGGAGCUGGAAGUGGGCUGGGUGACUGAGGUGGUUGUGCACCUUGCUGGGCUGGGACUGGACUGGGAGUUACAGAUCAACACUUUCUGAAACAAUUAAUAGCUUGUUUCAUUGACACUUAAACCGAGUUUUUAUAUGGCUUUAAGGGAACUCAGCAUCCAGAACAGCUGUGUGCCAGGGCACUGAGGUGCAGAUACAUCUUGCUCUUAGCCUGGUUCUGUUCCUGGUUUUGGGUGCUGGUAAAACCCCCAGGAUCUGGGCAGAACUGGGGCA